AUGGUUGCCACAUUUGUGCUCUUUCUGCUGAUGACGGCUCUUCUAGCUUGGGAAGCGGGUGGAGCUCCAGUGAACGCAGAGGUGAAACAAUUUCCCGAUUUUGAUGGGCUCCUUCCUUCAAAACACUAUGCUGGAUAUAUUACCGUUGGUGAUCAAGAACAUAAGCGCCAUCUAUAUUACUACUUUGCAACUUCUGAAAGGAGCCCUACAGAAGAUCCUCUGACAAUAUGGAUAAAUGGAGGGCCUGCUUGCGCUGGUUUAAGUGGGCUUUUUCAAUUAGUUGGGCCUUUCAAGAUUGAGCACAGAUUUGUCCAUGUUAAGGAACGGAGAAAAAUCAAGAGAAAUCACUUCUCAUGGACUAAGGUGUCCAAUCUUCUCUUUGUGGAUUAUCCAGCAGGGACUGGGUACUCCUAUGCUGACAUACCAGAGGACUAUAUUACAAAUGAUGCAAAAUCAGUUUCUGAUUUGUAUGAAUUUAUUUCCAAGUGGUUUAGAGAGUACCCUGAAUUCCUUCCAAAUCCAUUAUAUUUGGCUGGAUGCUCUUAUAGUGGUGUGGUGGUUCCUGUUUUAGCACAAGAUAUAGCCAACGGAAUUGAAGCUGGGGUUUUGUUGUACUUGAAGCGCAACUCUUAUGGUUAUUCAUUGGGUAAUGCAGCAAUUGAUAUAGAUAUUCAAAGCAAUGCCCAGGUUCCUUAUGCGCAUAGGAUGGGUCUCAUCUCAAAUGAACUAUACGAGGAUUUAUCUAGAUCCUGCAGUGGGAAAUACUGGAAUAACAGCCACCCUGAUUGCUUAAGAAACUUGGAAAUUUUUGAGAUGCAAACUACAGGUAUUAAUAAAGAACAUAUUCUUUGUCUACCUUGCCAUCAUGAGAUGGGAGUUAGCAUGAACAUCGAGGAAUAUGAAUCUAUCAGGAUGCACCAAAGCCUCCAUGGAGACAAUGAAUAUAGUAUCUACUGUCAUAAUUAUGAAAAAUACCCUCAAACUCUGUUUGAUUUGGAGUCCACAAGAGAAUGUCUUCAUGCAAUGCCGGCAGAAGUAACUGGAAAAUGGAAACGAUGCUCAGUUCAGGUUCAAUACGAAAGGAACAUCUGGGAUUUGACAUCAUACCAUUUGAAUCUCACUAUGAAAGGUUAUAGAGCCUUCUUCUAUAGCGGAGAUCAUGACAUGGUUCUUCCAUACACAGCAACCCUUAAAUGGAUAAGAAGGUUUAACUAUUCUGAGAUUGAGAAAUGGCGUCCGUGGUUCGUUGAUGAACAUAUAGCAGGGUACACAGUACGGUUCGACCACAACAUAGUAUUUGCUACACUCAAGGGAGCUGGCCAUACAGUAUGGGAGUACUUGCCUCGUGAAGCAUUGAUUUGUUAUCAGAGGUGGAUUGAUGCUGAUUCUCUCUGAUACCUUGUUGAGCGAUGCUCUAAUAGACUAAUAAUUCUAGCCAACAAGCUCAAAGCUGCAGUAAUAUUCAGUAAUUGGUUCUUGCGGUAAAUAUACAAUGUUGCAGCCCAUG